AACUAAAUAUUUUUAGAUGGCUACCUUACAAAGCAUUAUAUUACAAUAUCAAGAGUGGUUUCGACUUGGUCUAUUACACCAUGAAGUAUUAAAAGAAAUCUUAUUAGAAACAUUUCAUAAAAGUUUUUCAACUAGUCCACAAGCAUUAUACUGUGAGCUUGACAAUGGCCACCGAAAAAAGUUAGAUAAGUUGUUAAAAAAAGGUGUUAUAAAGCAAGAUCAGUAUGAUUUAAUUUUCACACCUGGAAAGAGCGAAACUAAUUCAUCAAAAUUUGAUGUUACAUUACUUGCUUUAUUAAUAAAAUAAACUGCUGCAAGAAGAUAGUUAAUCCCUUAAAUGGUUGGAAAGAGCCAAUUGCACCUACAGAUCAAACAUCAGGUGCAAAUGUGAUUCGAGCAAGAGAUUGGAGAAAUUGGCAUCAUCACGUUGAUCCAAACAGUAUCGACUCAUCAUUGUUUACUUUGAAAUGGAAUGAGGGAGUAAAUAUAGCAAAAAGUCUUGGUUAUAUUGGUGACACUAGUGCAUUACUGACUGCUUCAUUGGAUGUUGGUAGAACAUCAGUUUUAGAAUCGCUGGUGGACUGGCUAAAACUUGAUGUGGUUGACUUAAAAAAAAAAGUAAACGAUAACAAGGAUAAUAUUACAAAUUUAUGGAGUAAAUACCACAAGAUUGAAAAGACAUGCUCUGACCUUGGUGAUCACCUUAGAAGUUCACUUUCUAACAAUAUAGCAAAAAUUAAUGAGAUAAUUGAACAGUUGAGCGAAGUAAUAAAAAUGCAAGAUGAGCUGCGGCAGUAUUUCACAAGACUGGAAAGUGUGGAAGCGAAAGUAGAAACGAUAGAUAAAAGAGUACACAUUGUCGAAAAAACAUUAGCUGUUCAAGGCCUUCAAUCAACUGUGUGUGAUCAUUUUUUGGAUGUACCUCUUAAUGUACCAAACUUUACUGGACGAGAAGACAUUUUGAAAGAUAUUUAUUCAAAAUUACCUGAAGAUAACAGCGAUGAUCUGUUUACUGCAGUAUGUUUGAAUGGCUUAGGUGGCGUUGGAAAGACUUCAAUUGCUGUUCGGUAUGCUCAUUUAAACCGACAUAAUUAUGAGAGUAUUUUGUGGUUGCAAGCAGAUGAUUUACACAACUCAUUGCAAACAAUGUGUGAAUAUUUUGACAUAAGCUCCAAUUCCCAAUCCAAACCCAAAGUUAUGGUUCAAAAACCAUGUCGAAAAAUUAAAAAAUCAAAAUGUUUAUUUGUGUUGGAUAAUGCUAAAAAUUUUAAUUCAAUUGAUGCAUAUUUAAAAAAUCUAAAUUUGGAGAAAAAGCCUCAUGUUAUUGUAACCUCCCAACAGAGUGAUUGGUCUAAUUUGGGUGGGGGACAGAUCACAACGGGUGUUUUUACUGAGACUGAAGCAAUCAAAUUUUUUGAUGAAGUAGCAACCGACAUGAAUAGUGUAAAGAAACUUGUGGAAGAAUUGGAAAAUUUGCCAUUAGCCAUGCAGCUGUCUUUGAGUUAUAUCAAAAAACAUUCUAUGAGUGUUGCAAAAUACCUUGAAGCAUUUUGCGAAGAAAAAAGUCAGUUGUUUCAUGAAAACACUACUAGCAAUAAAGCACUUUUAACAGUUUGGAAAAUGGCAUUUGAGAAGCUGAAAUUGCAUGAAGACAGAGUUUCUAUUAACAUUUUGAAUAUGAUGGCAUAUAUGAAUAACACUUUCAUAAACAUGAAUACUUUUUUGUUUUAUGAUGAAGUACUAAAUGAAAUAAUGUUAAAUCGUGUAGUUGAUAUUCUGUGUGAAUAUUCUCUGGUUACAAAGAGAGAUACAAACUUAAAGACAGGAAAAGUGGUCACUAUACAUAAGCUUAUUCAGAGAGUAUUGAAAGAAUUUGAAGAAUUGUCAAGCCUCGAUUUAGAUCAUCUUAGUUUGUUAAUUGAAAUCUUAAAAUCAGUCUCCACGCAACAAACAAAUGAGUUUGACAUCGACAAUGAAAACUUGUGGUUUAUACACAUGAAACAUGUAUUUAAUAACAAUGAAGUACAAAUAGAAACUUUGCCUGGAAAAUUUCAGACAGUAGCUAUUCAGAGAGGUGAGGAAGCUAUAAGGCAUCAUUAUGUUGUUGAAUAUUUGACAGUAAAUUUCAAUAGUGAAAAUGUAGACUCCCCUUUAGACUGUGUAUUCGUUUUAGCAAAUUGGAUGAAAGAACAUUGCCAUUUUAAUGAAGCAUUUCGCAUUUUAGAUGAAAUGAUAGAAGGUGUACACAAAGAAUGUACAGAAGUAGAAAAAACUUCUACUAUGUUUUUAUUGUUUCAGAUGAGAUGUAUUUCUCUGAAAUAUGACAGUGGCCAUAAAAAGAAGCAGUAGAACAAUUUAAUAAAGUUAAGGAUUACUCGUAUGUAGAAGGCAAUGUGGAUAUUACUGUGGAAUUGACACAAAUACACGCUAAGUUGUUAUCAUACAACUUUUAUGAUGUUAAAACAGCACUAAAGUUAUUAGAUAGAGCUAUUGAGUUAUGCUUGAGUAAUUCUAGUGGAAAAUACGAAAAAUAUCUUUCACUUUUAAUGUAUAAAUGUAAAAUAUUUUGCAGUAUUCUGAACUUUGAGAGUUGCAUGGUCAUAAUUGCUGAACUUGAUGACUUGUUUAAAGAACAUGGUAUUCCGGAAAACCAUAAGCUCAUGUUUGAUUUAAAGAAAGUAAAAUGCGAGUAUUUUUUUUAUAAACAAGAAUUUGAAGAAGCAUACAAGAUAUGUUUGAAUCUGUUAGAAGCAAAUUUUAAUUAUAAUUCAGUUUCUUCUGCCAAACAGUAUUUAGUUAAAAUUUUUAUACUGAAGGGAAAGUAUAAAGAAGCAAUAGCUAUGUGUAAAACACCAAUACCAGAUCAUAUUAAAGAAAAAUGUAAAACCCGUCCAUUUGACUUUUACAAUGAUGCAUUGGAUAUCAACUGUUAUAAAGGACUAUCAUAUUUCUGUCUUAAUCAGUUGGAUAAAGCCUUGUCUUCUCUUAAUGAUCUUUAUAAUGAUGACAUUUCAACUAAAUGGCUAAAUGAAAAUGGAUUGAACCUAAAAGAUGCCAUUGAUGUAAUUAAACAGUUAAAGAAAUAUCAGGAAAAAGCAAGGCGACUUCACCAGUCUGGGCAAAAUAGAGAGGAGCUUCAGAAUAUCCGGCGUGAUACAUGUGCUCAGUAUAAAACAUUAUUACUGAAAUUUAUUUGGUAAGAGAUGUUUACAACCAUGGGCUUCAGGAACUGAUAAUGAACUGAAAAGAAAAGUCAAGGCAACUUGAAGUGUUAAAAUAUAUCUGCAGUUGUACAUAAAACAACAUACAUAAAAGGACAAUGAUUUAUGAAAGUGUAUGUGUAAUAAGAAAAAUGUGCAUUUAUGCCGCAAGACAAUAAAAUUAAAAAUAUAGAUUUUGAUGUAAAUUUUCCGAGGUUUGUAAAAUAAAUUUAAGUACUUUUUUAAUUAUUUGUUUAAAGUUAGCUUGAUGUCUCUGAAGCGUAUACAUUUUAAUCCUGAGGGUACCUAAAGUUUGAAAUACCCAGGUUAAGAUAUUCAAAUCUCAAAAUACAUAAGUUUUCAAAGUUUUCUUUUAAUAUGUACAUUAAUACACGAAAAGAUGAGUAGAGAUCUAAUGUAUACGCUUGGAUCAUGAAACUCACUAAAUUAAUAUUAUUAUCCUUAAUCUAAUAUAGAAAUGGAAAUAAGGAUUAUAAUAGUAAUAAGAAAGACAUUUAAAUUAAUAGAAUCACAUUUUUUGCAGAAGUUUAAUUUUAAAGGGCAAAGUUUCCUUCUCUUAUUUUUUUAACUUAGGCAUAUGUUUGGCUAUCUUUGUAUUGCAGGGCAAUAAAUGGCACUGUUAGAAGACCUCUUUUGGAUUGAAAAAAAUGGCUAUGGUUUUGAUUUAUGGGAAUAAAUUUUUACGGUGUGGAGACCGUUUGUUUCGUUGAAAGAAAUUCUCAAGUUUAAACUUAAUAAAGAAAGUUCCAGGCCAAAUCUUUCAAUCAAUCGUCACGCUGUAAAUUAAGGAAGAAAUAUAUUUAUAUUUUUUUAGUCAACAAUUUUACAUAUAAUGUAAAAGUAGCAUUUUUUUACCAUUUUUAUUAUUUUAAAUUUUAUAUUAUACGUUUUAUU